AUGUCAUUAAGAACAUUAGGAUUCAACUCACCAUUGAACAAGCUUUUUGCCAGACCUGCUGUUGAAUUGAGCAAGUCCAUCCAGACUGUGUUGGACUUCAAGCGCACUCCUGAAGAAUCACUUGCCAACAUCAUGACUAGAUGCGAUAGUGAAUUAGGCGGAUUCUCCACUGUUAACUUUGAUAUUGAUCCCGUAGAUCAAUCUGGACACUUCCAUGGUUACUUGAAUUUGGAUUUGCCAAAGGAUAGACCAGAUAUUACCAGAUCGGGUUACGCUAUGUUUAGAACUAGGGACCAAGUUGAAUCUUGGCUUUCUGGGGAUUCUUAUUGGGACUGGUCUCAUUUUUCAUCCUUGGUAAUGAGAGUUAAAGGUGAUCGUAGAAAGUAUUUGGUUAAUAUUCAAGCUAAUACUCCAUUGGUUACUGAUCUUUUCCAACAUAGAUUAUUCUUGAAUCAUCCUGGUGAAUGGGAAACCGUUGUAAUUCCAUUAAAUGAUUUUGUCAUGACUAACUGGGGUGUUAUUCAAGAUGGAUGCGAAAUUAACAAGAGUGAAAUCAAAACAAUUGGAGUUGGUUUACUUGAUAAACAAUAUGGACCUUACUCAUUAAACGUUGACUGGAUCAAGGUUAUGACAGGCGCUGAAGUUGAAAAAGUGACACAUAGCUCUAGAACUGAAAGAUUGGCCAUUGAUACUCCUUUCGAUUCUGAUGAGGUAGAGACUGAUAUUCCUACACAACAUGGAUCUGCCUUAAAUUCAAACAAGUUUGAAGAUCCAAAGUCUACAGUAUUUUAA